GGGUCGGGACGCUGCAGCAGGAUUGUAUGUGUAGGAGGCCGUGGAUUGCCAAGCUCCUGCUGGGUAGUUAGUGCAAGACAGAAGCUGUGGGCAGCGAGAUUGAAGUUGCAGUGGAAGUGGAAGUUGAAUCCGGACAAACCGGACAUGGGCCUCGCAGACUCCUCUGUCCUCGCGGGAAGCGUGCGGUCAGCCCCAAUGGCUCCAACGGAGUUCAGCCGCUACUUCCCAUCACCAACACAACCACCACAAUGGCAACGAACCUAUCGUCCCCGACCGACGUUGCCCUCCAGCAAGCUGCGUCCGCCGAACCCUUACGGGAACUGUUCCCUCCCAUUGAGCCCUACGACUCCGGCUUCCUAAAGGUGUCGGACGUGCACACCAUCUACUGGGAGGUCAGCGGCAACCCCAAUGGGAAGGCGGUAGUCUACUUGCAUGGCGGGCCUGGAGGCGGUACAUCUCCUAGUGACAGGAGAUACUUUGACCCCGCGACCUACAAAAUCGUCGUCUUUGACCAACGUGGAGCUGGGAAGUCUACUCCUCUCGCUUGUCUCGAGGAGAACACUACUUGGACGCUGAUAGAUGAUAUUGAGACGAUCAGGAAUCAUUUGAAAAUCGACAAUUGGGUUGUUUUUGGCGGAUCAUGGGGAAGCACGCUUGCCUUAUCCUACAGCAUCACCCACCCGGAUAAGGUCAAGGCGCUCAUCCUGCGUGGCAUCUUCAUGCUACGCCAAUCCGAGCUCAAGUUCUUCUACCAGGACGGCGCAAGCCACCUCUUUCCCGACUACUGGGACGGCUACCUGGCCCCUAUCCCCCCCUCCGAGCAUUCCGACCUCAUGGCCGCCUACCACCGUCGCCUGACCGGCUCCGACGAGCACGAGAAACUGGCGUGCGCAAAAGCGUGGAGCAAGUGGGAAUGCGCGACCAGCCGGCUGUAUGUGGACAAAGUGAAUGUGGAGAAGGCGGAGAAGGACAACUUUGCGCUGGCGUUUGCGAGGAUCGAGUGUCAUUAUUUCGUCAACAAAGGAUUCUUCGACCGCGAUGAUUGGAUUCUUCACAACAUUCCCAAGAUUCAGCAUAUCCCAUGCUUCAUCGCCCAAGGCCGGUACGACGUCGUCUGCCCCGCGCGAUCCGCCUACGACCUCAAGAAGCGGUGGCCGGAGGCUGAGCUUCACAUCGUUCCUGAUGCGGGCCAUUCGGCGAAGGAGGAUGGGAUUCGGUCUUUGCUUGUUGGCGCUGCGGAGAAGUUUAAGAAUCUUUGAGAGACUUGAAGCAGUCUCUUGUGGAAGGAAGAAGCGUCGGUUUUAGGGACGUAGCAUAGUGUUUGCUUCCGUAUGUACAGUUCAUUGAGAGGUAGAAAGUGAGGUACAGUAGAACGCUUAGGAUAUCACACGCAAUUUGACGCGGAGCCUGGCCACACGAUGCUCAAUUGUUCCCAUGCUGUUUGCACUUCCCUGUGAGUGUGCAUCCCACACCCGAAGA